CGUGCGUACUUGUUUGAAAAGUCGUACGGAAAGAGAGAGAGAGAGAGAAGUAGAGGCUAGAGAGAGAGAGAGAGAGAGAGAGACUACUCAGCAUAUUCUUCGGGGCGAGUCAGUCUGGUGUGUAUGUGUUGGUGUCUACAUAUUCUCCGCCUCUUUCUAUUCUGGCUCUGUGUAUCCAAGCUCCGAGCAAGUCGUUGAACGUGACCUUCUUGUUCUUGCCGUAUUUAGGAGCAUUAAAGAGAUUUUUUGGCUCUGUGAUUGUGUAAUGGUGAACCGUUUACCUCAACUGUCGUUUUUCCUUCCCCCUGGGGUUGUGGCAUGGUGAGGUUGUGGCGUGGUGCACGUGACAGGUGUUUGAACAAGGAACGUAGCAGCCCCCAGUGUUCAACUGUUAAAUUCCAUCACGGUGCAGCCAAUAGUGACGUGUGUGAAGAGGAAUUAUAGGUGCACUAGUAAACGUUUUUUUUGUAUUCCUUGUGAAAACAUUUUAUGCUCUUUGGUGAUUAAAGUGACAUUUGUCUGUGGCUAAUGUUUACGUAUUUGAACGCCCAGGUGGGAUGCAUAUUCGUCGAUCGGAAACAGUGAAUGCCAUCCUCAUUGUUGUUUUCUUGUUUUUAUAAUUUCAGUGCAUCAUUCAGAAAGGAUUGCUUAUCUAACAUGCAUGACGUCACGUCUUUGCCAAAAAAACACUGGAGCCUCAAUCGAAACUGAACCAUGCGAGGUGAGGUGCCAUGAACGGCAAGUCCGAAGAGUCCAGCACUGACAACACUAGCAAUAAUACUAGUACUAACAGCAGCACUAGCAGCAGCAGCAGCAGCAGUCAAGAAAACGACCCCCAACGCAGCAACAAAGACGGGACGCAGCAGGCCUCGCAGGCAGGAGAGGCUCCGACUGAAACCACCGUUGCUCAGACAUCAGGUGAACCGUCAAGCACCGGAACAAACAGUAGCUGGUCGUAUAAUCAGAGUGAACAGUAUCAGGAUCAGUAUUAUCCUGAGUAUCAGUAUCCGCAAGAGGAGGAGUCAUAUGAUCAAGAAUCUUAUUAUCAGCAGUCUUCUGAAAGUGAAGACCAAUAUUAUCAAGGAGAAGAAUAUUACAACCAGAGUAACUACCAGUAUUCUGAGCAGCAACAGCAAGGACAAAGCCAGUCACAGCUGAACUCAGAGCAGCAGCAGAAGCAAAACGGAGAAAAACUGCAGGAGGACCAGCAGCAGCAAGGGGACAAAGAAGGGCAUGACCGUCCCCAUGAUCAAUCCCAACCUUCAGAGGUCUGCUCUGAGCAGAAGCAGACUGUAAAUAACCAAAUACCAGGGGAGAAAGGGAAGUGCUGGGAGUGUGGUGCAGCAUUUCAGGAUGAUGAACUCCUUCGUGACCACCUGGCACUCUUCCAUGCAGAAGUCCAUGUUCAUAAGUGCCACUCAUGUCCAGCAGUGUUUCCUAGUCAGAGCUCUCUCACUGAGCACAUCACUACUAGCCACUUGGUAGGUGCCUCUAUUCAGUCAGCUAAUAGGGCCCAACAACGUGAAAGAAAAGACAGUACAGAGGACCAAAAUAAACUCCAGGAAACCCCUAACAAAGGGAAGAGUAUUUCAGUAUCUGGUAGUGAAUCAUUAUCAUCUCUUUUGGCCAAAGGAAUUUCAGUAUCAGGUGGUGAUCACUCCCUGACAUCACUUCAGGCAAAAGAAAAUUCAGAGUCUAGUGACUCUCCCUUAUCAUCUCUGAAAGCUAAAGGUAUUUCAAUUUCUGGAGGAAAUUCAUCUUUAUCAUCGCUUCAGGCCAAAGGGAUUUCAAUAUCGGGAGGGGAUUCAUCCUUAUCAUCUCUCCAAGCUAAAGGAAUAUCAAUAGGCCGGUCCGUUGGAGAUUCAUCUUUAGCAUCACUUCAGACAAAAGGUGUUUCUGUGUCCAGUGGAGAAUCACCCUUAAAAGCACUCCAUGCCAAAGGAAUUUCAAUAUCCAGUAGUGGUGAAACCUCUUUAACAUCUCUUCAAGCAAAGGGUAUUUCAAUAUCUGGCAGUAGUGAAUCCUCACUUUCAUCACUUCAGGCUAAGGGCAUUUCAAUAUCAAGUGGAGAACCAAAAGGUUCAGGGGGGGAUUCAUCUUUUUCUUUUCUUCAGUCAAAGGGUAUUUCAAUAUCUGGUGCCAGUGAGUCAUCUUUAAGUUCUCUUCAAGCAAAAGGCAUUUCCAUUGCAGGUGCUGAUUCUUCUCAGUCAAAAGGAAACUCACUUUCAGAGGGUGAAUCUCCAUUAUCAUAUCUACAGUCAAAAGGCAUUUCCAUAUCUGGAGCUGAAACUUCUCUCCAGUUGAAAGGUGUUACAAAAUCUGGUGGUGAUUCACCAUUAUCAUUCCUACAAGGAAAAGGUAUUUCAAUAUCGAGUGCUGACACAUCCCUUCAAACAAAAGGAAGCUCAUUGUCUAGUGGUGCAUCCCCUCUAGCUUCACUCCAAGCUAAAGGUAUUUCAAUAUCUGGUACUGGUGCUGAAUCUUCCAUAGCAUCUCUUAAGGCCAAGGGCAUUUCAAUAGCUGGAGCUGAUUCCUCUUUUCUAGGAAAGGAAGAUUCAGGUAGUGACAAUUUUUCUGAAGAAGAAGAAGAUUCUACAGCAUCGGAGACAGAUUCUCAGCCAGCAUCUCUGCAUGCCAAGCAUUUUGCAACUGUUAAAUCUCAGAUAGAGUCUCUACAAGGAAAAAGUGUUUCGCUCUCAUCUGCAAGUUCACCAUUAUCACUCCUGCAGGGAAAAGGAGUUUCUUUAUCAGCUGCCAGCCCUCAGCCAGCAUCCUCCCAAGCUAAAGGGGUUCCUUCACCAUCAGAAGUUGAGGGACCUUCAAAAUCUAGUGAUACUGCUACUCCCACUACAGAAACCAAGACUGAACCUUCAUCAUCUCACAGUUUAGAAGUUGCAUCGCUAAGAGCAAAAGGAAUUUCUCUAUAUUCCUCUGGGAAUCAGGUAAAAUAUUUUGCCAGAGCAGCUCCAAAAUCAGUUGCCCGAUCUCGAGCAGCUUUUAUUAAAGAAAAGGGAAUAGUAUUAUCUAAAUUACCUGACCCUCGACCAAAAGUUACCGCAGUAUCAGGUGCUAAACCUAAGGAACUACUUUAUAGAAGAAAAGAGUAUUUUGGAUGUGUUUACUGUCGCAUAAAGCAGUUCAGAAACACAACAGAAUUUGAGAAACAUCAUUUAAAUCACGUUAAACAAACUACUCUGAAAGUAAUUUUGCUUCAAGUUAAUCCUGAAGCCCACAAAAGAAACAAGGUGGAGACCCGCCGAAAGAAGAAAAGUUCCGAGCUUAAACUGAAACUCAGAAUUUCCAAAGUGGGGCGGGGAAAAGGGCGUAAAAGAAGAGAAGUACGUAUUGUUAGUAACGAGGAGGGCAUGAGUGAGAGCCAUAAGAGUUUAGAAGAACGAGAAGGAUCGGAAGUGGAACAUCAGGAGGGUGGGGAAGGUGAAGAAGAGAUUGAAGACAGCAUUGGUGAAGAAGGACAAAGUAGUGGAGAGACUGUUGAAGACCAGACUUCUGAUCUUCAGAAGGACUCUGAAGAAAAUCCAGGUGAAUCAUCACCAUCUAGGAAUGACUGUGAUGAACAUCAAGAAGAAUUGGACCAGGAGGAGCAGGGAUCUCAGGAGGGACACGAAGAUCACCAAAAGGAUCAGGAAGAAGAUAGCACUGCUCCACCACAUCAGGAGGAUGCACACAGACCAUAUAAUACUCGGAGUAACAAUAACCAGAAUAGCAACAGCAAUAGUGGAUUUGAUAAUAACUUCAGUGAUCAAGACCUUGGGUUUGGUGGUGCUGGCCCAAGCGAAGCACCACCCUCAACAUACCAGCCUCAGUUUGAGUCAUUCCCAACUAGUGACUGGUUUAGUGAAUAUGAAUCUGGCUCAAGAAUUGUAGCAGCUAUGGCUGGUGCUACAUCAGCUGAUGCUGGUGGUGAAAGUGGCUGGGGAAGUGGUGCAGAUGGCACAUCAAAUCCUGAAUACCCUGCAGAUGGCGGCGACAAGGAAGAUGGCACAAAUCCUGAAGUGAAUGGCGGAGUAAAUGAAGGUAAUGGAGAAGAUGGCUUGUUUAGCCAAGCUGUUCUAGGACAAGAGUCUCCUGAUAAAGGUGAUAGACAAGGAAGCUUUGAACAGUUAUGUCUGAAUGACUCCUACUCUGGUCAGGCACAAAAUAAUGUUGAAGGACACCCAGGCCAAGUUCAGGGAGUUCUGACGGAGGAGGAACAACAUCAGCAACAGCAACAGUCUGGUGUUGCAAGUGAUUUACUGUCUGAACUUGAAUAUCUGAAUAAUAGUGGCCAGCCUCAGGGAACACACCCAGGACAGGUAGAAGGGUCACCUCUCAGUGGUGGACCAUCUCCUCACAGUGGAGGUCCUGGAACACCAUCCCAUCUUAGUUCCAGAGGCUCCAAUUCAGGUACACCAACAUCAUCUGGGGGCCAUCCAACACCUCCCCCAACUGAUACUUCAUUUAGGGCUCUUGCAACAAGCCCUAUGACUAGUCCUACUCAGGCUACUUCACCAGCUCUUAUGCAGGGCCAGACACCUCCCGCCACUUCUCCUCUACAAGAACAGCAAGCAGGAGUACCUCGGCUUACAAUUGCCAAUAAUUUAAUGGCACCUACAACUAGCAGUCAGAUGACACCAACAACAAAUAAUCAGGCUGGUGUGGGCGGUAUGAUGUCAAGAUAUGGUAACCAGUGGCCUCAGGGAGCUGGUUAUACAGGGACAGGUGGUUACGCAAAUUUGUCUGGUACCAAUAUGGCAAACUCAAAUAUGGCUGGUCCUUUGCGGGCUCCUUUGCCUCCAAGUGUUGGAUUACCAUAUCGUCCUAGCCCACCAGCGAGAGUUCGUGGCCGUCCUCCUCUUAUGGGUCAGAUUGGCCGUCCACCUUUACAUCAGGGGUCUUUACUCCAGCCCUCUCGUGGUCCAGGUCGACCUCCAACGUCUUCAAUCCUUCCACCUCCUUUGAUGCCAGCACCAGGGGGAAGAGGCGCAAUGAUGCCUCCAUUACAACGUAUGCACCAAGGCAUGUAUCAAGGACAAAGACCAAGUGGUCCUCAACAACAAAAUGGUACUGGAAAGAGACCACUUUUAGGUGCUACAAGUCAUUCACCAAAUAAAAAUGCAAGGCGUGAAGAUAUUAAUGUACCAUCCCGUCAAAAAGAUAAUGAGUGUCAGAUAAUUGCAGUGGCAAAUAGAGCUGAUGGGUUACCAGUAAUAGCAAAUGUGCAAGGAGGAUCAGGAUCCAAUCAGCGGGGCAGUACAACACCAACAACUUCAGAAUCAACCAUAAAUUUGAGUGAUUCUAUUACUUUAAGUGUUCGAACUUCAUCAGCAAAUGACAAACCUCAGCGUGGGGAGAGAGGAGGUGCUGAUGCAGGGACUGUAGCAAAUCUCUUAGCUUCACGGGGUAUUACUGUCACUCCCGCAGCUGGUGAACGGCAAGAGGGUGCAGGUGGAGGCCGUGAUGAUCGCCGUUUACCCACUGCACAAGAAUUGAAUUUGUCAUCUGCUAUAUCUGUUCACCCUCCAACUCAAAGAGAACGAGAAGCCAGUGUUAGGGAGAGAGACAGGGAUGGUUUUGCUGUACCACAGGCUCCCGUCAGAGGAGGCAGCAGCUCUAAUGCCAGUAAUGUUGAACGUCCCCCUCGUCCUCCUACAGUCGAUCUUACCCAAGAUGUUCCUUCAAGUGGUUCCCAGAGUACCCGUCAUUACUGUAACCAGUGUGACAGAUCCUUCCCAACUGCAGGAUUGUUAGCAGAUCACAGUCGUGUCCAUCAACAGCACACACAGUCCCGUAUGCCUUACAAAUGCCACUUAUGUACAGCUGGAUUUUCAACCCAGAAGGGUCAGCAACAUCAUUAUCAACAGUUUCAUCAAAUACACCUAUCUGCAGGUGACAUUGCUAUACCUUUAGUUGACUUAAGAAACCCAGUUAACGUUCAGCGCAUGGCAGCACUCGGAAUUCGCUCUUUCCUUCCGUUAACAAAUUUGCAAAAUCGUGGUGCUGGAGGUGUGGUUGGUAUUCCUGUGUUGACUCUAGAAAACUUGAGAAAUGGACAUAUGACCUUGCAGCAGUGGGGAGUAAGUGAUGUGCUUUCUCUUGGUCCUGCAAAAACACUCAAUAUGCCAAGGUAAUUGAAAAGUAUAGACUUUCAGAGAUCCAUCAUUUUGGUGGUGUAGAUGUCUUUUUGCCAUAGGUCUUGGAAAGAUAUGCUGUUUACUUUUUUUAUGAACUAUUGUGGCAUUAGGCUUUCUUGUUGAAAAUGUACAAACUUCCCUUUAUGCAUCAAGAAUGCAAGAACUGUACAGUAUAUGUAUACGGAAGAUCUCUGUAUGUAUGCAAUGAUUUGCCUACUGUUGUCAGUGUGGAUUGUGUUUUCUGUACCAAAUUUAUUUUUUGAUUUCAUUUCCAGUGCCAAAAGAACAAAUUUAUGUUAGAUCACUUAGGUAUUAAAACCAAAACCAGUGAUUUGUUUGAGAUUUAGGUUGAAUGACGUUUAGCUGUAGUAUCGUGUUGUAUAGAACCAUUCCUUUAUGAAAGUUUGAAAAGAUUUUUGUGCAGAGGAAAUCAUUUCUUUUGUAUAGUGAGGUUCAAAGGAAGGGUUUCUAUACAUUUAUACUUCAAGUUGUGAAAUAUAGUUUAAGUAAGUUGUGUUUCAUCAAAAAGGAAUGCCCUUUCUCUAUUUUUACCAAAUAAUUUCUUUAUGUAAAAGGAGUGUACAAAUCUUUGUAUAUAGUUUUAUAUAUUUUCUAUAAAUGUGAAAUAAAUUAGAAGUCUCUUUUA